CUCGACCGGUUUCCUGUUGUAGCAGCAGAAGAGUGUGUGAGUUUGAGUGUGCGCCUCAAAUGAAGAAUGUCUCACCAGUGAGUCGUCAGUCGGCCAGCAGAGCCGAGGGAAGCGAGGAGCGCCAAAAGUGUGCGGGACUCUUGAACAUUCCUUCGUCCAAGUCUCGCCCUAUCGCUGCAUAACAACCGUAGGAAACUAGCGGUUCAAAGGGACAGAUAACAAACAAUAUGGAGUUUCGAUUCCCUUUAUUUGUCUGCGUUACGCUUCUCCCCAUGCUGACCCUGUUCGUGUUGGAGUCGGGGGCUUCCAUAGCCGGCAUGUUCCACUCGGCCAUGCCGCUCAGGAAACUGUGCAUGUUCUGCGACUUGCAGAGGUCCUCCUGCAAUGGCACGGGCACCUGCUUCUCCAACUGCUCCAUCACUGCCAUCUGCGAAAAGGACGAGGAGAUCUGCGUGGCCAUCUGGAGGAGGAACGAGAGCAGCUUCUCGGUUGAGACCCUGUGCCACGACCCGUCCCAGCGUCUGUAUGGCGUGCGGCUGGAAGACUCCAACAACACGGGGUGCGUCAUGACCGAGAAGAACAUCACCGGGGGGAAGAACAUCACCGGGGGGCCGGCCUUCGUCUGCUCCUGCGUCGCCGACGAGUGUAACGACCACAUGUCCUUCGUCCCCGUGGUGGACGUCACCCAGGAGGUGCCCAUGGCCUCCGUCAUCCUGAUCAGCCUGCUGCCCCUGCCCGUGCUGCUUUGCGCGGUGGUGGCCAUGUUCUACUGGUACCGGGUGGCCCGCCACCGCCACAUCAACCAGGAGUGGGAGAACGGCCGCAAGAAGCGCAAGGCCAAGGCCGGGGGUCUGGACUGCAGCGACGCCUGCGCCAUCAUGAUGGACGACGACGGCUCCGACAGCAGCUCCACGCACGCCAACAACCUCAACCACAACACGGAGCCGCUGCCCAUCGAGCUGGACAUGCAGGUGGGGAAGGGCCGCUUCGCCCAGGUGUACAAGGGGAAGCUGAAGCAGAGCACGUCGGACCAGUUUGAGACGGUGGCCGUCAAGAUCUUCCCCUACGAGGAGUACGCCUCCUGGAAGAACGAGAAGGACAUCUUCUCGGACACGGACCUCCAGCACGAGCACAUCCUCCACUUCCUCACGGCCGAAGAGCGAAAGGUGGAGAAGCAGUACUGGUUGAUCACCGCCUUCCAUCCCAUCGGGAAUCUACAGGAGUACCUGACUCGACACAUCAUCAGCUGGGAGGAGCUGAAGGUUCUUGGCAGCUCCAUGGCCAAGGGAGUGGCCCACCUCCACAGCGACCACCUACCCUGCGGACGUCCCAAGGUUCCCAUCGUCCAUCGGGACCUGAAGAGCUCCAACAUCCUGGUGAAGAACGACCUGACGUGCUGCCUGUGUGACUUUGGCCUGGGACUCCGCCUGGACAACUUCCUGACCGUGGACGACCUGGCCAACAGCGGGCAGGUGGGCACGGCGCGGUACAUGGCCCCGGAGGUCCUGGAGUCCCGGCUGAACCUGGAGAACAUCGAAUCCUUCAAGCAGACCGACGUCUACUCCAUGGCUCUGGUGCUCUGGGAGCUCACGUCUCGCUGUGAAGCCAUCGGAGAGGUGAAAGACUACGAGCCCCCGUUUGGCUCCAAGGUGCGAGAGCACCCCUGCGUGGAGAGCAUGAAGGACAACGUGCUGAGAGACCGCGGCCGGCCCGAGAUCUGCAACUCCUGGCUCAGCCACCCGGGCAUCGCGGCCAUCUGCGGCACCAUCGAGGAGUGCUGGGACCACGACCCGGAGGCGCGGCUCACCGCCCACUGCAUGGCGGAGCGUCUGGCGGUGGUGGAGGACGAGAUGGACACCCUGUCCAGCCGUAGCACCUCCUCGUCCGAGGAGAAGGUGCCCGGGGAGGAGGAGGAGGAGCUCAAGGUGUCGGCGGUCGAGGGGCUGCUGCAGGUGGACGCCAAGAUCAUGGAGAUACAGGACGUCAAACCCCUGGACUGUUCGGUGAGCGACGAGAAGUAAAGAGGAGGUUUCGCUAGGAUGAGGACGUCGGGAUUAGGGUUUUUUUUGACGCCGGUGCCGCAGCGCCGGGAGGAUUCAACGAAGAGCACUCGGGUGUGAACGUUCAGAUGGUCAGCGGUGAGCUUGUCAAUAGCGGUGUUAAUGCGCAAGGAGCCCUGCGGAGUGGAGCUCCUGCAUUCAACGCCUUCAACGGAGGAGCUGAACCUGUGGGGUAAAGCCACGGGGACACAGUGUCACACCAACUACAGUCCAUCCAUCCAGAGCCUCAGCGCGUAAGCAACCGUCAAAGGUCGAAGGUCGUCAAGAGGCGAACUGCAUUUUGACGAGCUUACGAGGGCUUAAAAGCUAAAAUGCUAAAGUAAACUGGAAGCUUUAAAUGGGUCAAUAGGCUAAGCACCCGGACAGUAUUUUAUGCAGCAAUCAAUACAAUCAGCCAUUACCAAAAAAGGGCAUCUUCUUUGUAAGAGAGGGCAGGAAAGAAGAGUAUAUUUUAUUUGCACUUUACCAUGGGAGAGGAAAGCAUUUCAGAUGUUCCAAUGUCUAAAGUGUUAUGUCAAUGUCUGAGGGAGUUUCAGUAAGCCAAGAUUUCUCUUUUGUAUAAUGUUGAGCCAUAUUGUAAAACUAAUGACUUUAAGAGAGUGUGUGUGUGUGUGUGCGUGUGUGUGUGUGUGUGUGUGUGCGUGUGCGUGUGCGUGUGCGUGUGUGUGUGUGUGCGUGACCAGAGUAUGUUAAGGUGGUGUGAAUGUUUUUUUAACCAAAAUCUGCAGUGUAAACCUGCUUACUGAUGUGAACAGGUGUUAACAGGCACAAUGUAAAUAUCAACCACACAGUCAAUGUACAAAUCAUUACAAAGGGAAAGUAAUCAUACUACUUAUCGUGAACGCUAUACAAAUAAAUAUUUUACAGAGAGAUAUGUUUGGGAUUGCUAUAUUUCUAUCUGUUUUCUAGCUAAAAAAUAUUGAUUGUUUUACCAUUCAUUGUAUAUAGUUUUAUGAAUAAAUGUU